AUGAACCUGUUCGUGCUCUCAGCAUCAGUACUCUUGUUUUCGGCAACGAUCAUCAGCGCAGAGUCGCUUCACGAGCCUCAGACUUACGAGCUCGAUUUCAGCUACGAAGCUGUUUGUGAUCUACCGUCUCAUCUGCUUCCCUUUGGCAAUGGUGACGAUGAACGUCUGACCGCAACAGUCAAAGUAUGGAACGACGAGAUAGGACACGCUAGAUAUGAGAUUAUCGCCAAAACAGGCGUCAAUGAGACAGUGAGCGGUUUCUUCCCCACAGAAGAUGCUGUCGGUAUCGAGUUCGAGCUCAUGAGGCGGCCUUACAUCGAGACUUAUCACGAUUGCUGCCUUGGAACUUUGCGCGUGAUUCUGUCACUCUAUGCACACAAGCAUGACUUUGUCAAGCAAGGAGAGCUGUUCCAGCUGGAAUGUGGCGAUCACAUGUCAAUGGAUCAGGAAUGUGACAUGCACACCCUUGAUCAUCCUCCUCCGCUUACGCUUUGCGACUUUGAAUGGAUGAUCGUCAAAGAGUCCGUUGCCACGGAGUAG